UGUAGUUUCGCAAUCGUGCGCGGCGCGCGUCUUUAGCGCGCGUAUCCGAAUUUAAAAAUAAAAUAUUCGAAUAAAAGAAUAAGUUUAAAAAGUUAGUAAUAACUUUUUAAAUGCAUUUGGCGGGAUUUUAGUGAAAUGUAGAUAAUCAAAUUUAUUUUGGACUGUUUUAAAAAGACUGUUUUUUAAUAAGUGAAUGAAGUUUGAAUACAUUUUUUGGAAGAUUGGGAACACAACAGAUAAAACCAAAGAAUGAUGGCGUCGAGCGAAUCCAAUUCGGCUAGCGAAUCCGAUACCGCCGACACGCAGACGACAGCAAGCGAUUCGCUAAACAGCCUUAUUGCUAGUACGUCAGACAAGGCUGAAUGCGCUGAUGUCCAGUGCUCGCUCGCCAGCCAGUGUGCCAUGUCCUGUGAGGAUGGGGAAUUGAAAAUGGAACAACGGAAGUCCGUUUGUUGCAAUGCAGUAGCUCAGUGCGUGUGGGGAUGUCUUCUGCUGGUGGUGUCGAUCGGGGGAUUCCUGUUCACCCCCCUAGACGUCAUGUUGAAGGAGAAGCUAAACAUGAGGCCUGGGUUCCCCCCCUUCGAGUGGUGGGCUGACCCCCCCGACGAGGUGAAGCUCAGGGUCUACGUCUUCAACGUGACCAACCACGAGCGGUUCAUGAAGGGUCUGGACUCCAAGAUGCAUAUCAGCGAGAUAGGACCUAUAGUUUACUUAGAGAAACUUCUACACUCCAACAUUCGUUUCAAUGAUAACAGCACAAUGAGCUACACGGCGAAGCGCUUCCCCAUCUUCCUGCCUGAUGAGAACACCGUCGACCUCAACUCUACCAUCAUAGUGCCAAAUUUAGCUGUACUGGGCAUGGCGUCCUUCCUGUAUGACGCCAACUACAUAGUGCGGACUGGUUUUCGCUUCUUAGUAAAUUCACAUGGUAGUGACUUGUUUUUGAAGAAGACUAUCUAUGAAUAUCUCUGGGAUUAUAAGGAGCCAGUUUUGGAUACUUCUAAGCAUUUGGUGCCUGGAAUGGUACCUGUCAAUAACAUGGGGAUGCUUGCGCGAAUCUAUUCUGACUUCACGGAUGAAGUCACAGUGAAAAUUGGGCAGCAGUGGGGCCAUAGUCAGUUCUUCCACAUCGAUCGCUUCCGAGGACAGCCCCAGUUACCCGGAUACGAUCCUGAUCGCUGUCCAGACAGGAUCUUCGGCUCGACAGAAGGUGUGAUGUAUCAUCAGCAUUUGACCAAAGAAGACAUCCUCAUGUAUUGGAGGAAGACUGUCUGCAAGUCCAUGCCGCUUUAUUUUGAUAGUGAGAUGAUGCUUGACAGCGUGCCGGUGUACAGGUAUAACUUGUCAGAAAUUGCCUUCGAGAGGGUGAAAAACGGGACCGACUGCUAUGACACUGUGCCCGGUUUGCCGUCUGGGCUCAGCGAUGGGUCUAAAUGCUAUUUUGACUUCCCAAUGGUGAUAUCGUAUCCGCACUUCUACACCGGCUCGCCGCCUAAAGACAUGUACGUCACUGGCCUAGUACCCGACCGUGAGAAGCAUAGUUCGCAUGUUAUAGUGGAACCUAUGACCGGGAUCCCAUUUCAGUCUGUAGCGAGGAUGCAGAGCAAUUUACGAGUGAACGACAUGUCGGGAUUCGCCGGAGAAUACACGCGUUUCUCCAACCUGGUCGUGCCAUUGUUUUGGGCUGAAUAUAAUCAAGAAGGCCUACCACUGCACAUCAGUUGGACAAUAUACUUCAUGAUAGUAAUCCUGCCUCCGUUAUCUUCAGUAAUGCUUACAUUUACCCUUCUCUUAGGCUGCUAUUUUAUAACCAAACAGAUUUAUAUACACAAACUUAGGAACGAUAGCCUAGAUUCCAUUUUACAUUUUAAGAGCAAAAAUGUUAAUACAUUAGCCAAAAAUAAAAUAUUUUUAUAUGAAAAGGAGGCCUUUAUAAAAAUGCCUAGCUAAUUAUAGUAUAAUUGUACGCAUAUUUAAUGAAAAGUACCAAAAAGACUGACCGUAUUUGAUGAAUUUAUGCGUGGAGGUAUAAAAUGGUGUAUGUAAUCCAGUGUAAAGGGUAGAUUUAGCUGUGAUCGUUCCUAUAUAAACUAUUAAUUAGCAUUUUAUAACGUUUUGCUCACAAUAUAGCUCUAAGGUAUUUGUAAUAAAGAUAUUCUAAAAUGAUUAA